AAAAAACACUUGUACUACAGCACUUCUAUGUGUGGGUCCUGUGCAUGAGGACAAAGCAGUGCAUGGAGGUGCAGAGAAAAAUACAAAAAACUUUUAAGAAGAUCUCUCCUCAUUGAAGCUUGUCUGCCUGAGUCAGCCCAUUGAUGUAGAGUCACCAUGGCCGUGUCUUUCCCCUCGGAGUGGGACGAUGAUGAGCGGAUGUCCUUCCUGUUCUCGGCUUUCAAGUCUCGGGAUGUGGACAGUGCAGACUGGGACAGUAAGAUCGCCUUCUGGACUCCUCUGAUUGUGAACCAUGCCAAGGCUCAGGGGCUCCUCAGCAUCACUCUGCGCCAGCUGCAAAAAGACUUUACCCGCAAGGGCAGUUUACCAAUGGGUCUGGGCACAGUCAUGCAGGAAAUGCUAAGGCAAGGCUCCCUGCAGCAAGAGUCUGAUUUUGUGGCGGGUAUCACCAGUGGCUGGCUCUCGUGGGGCAUGAGGCAGCUGAUCAUCAAACCUCUACGCUGGACAAUGAGCUCUGUUCUAGGUGGACAGAUAAACCCAGACGAGCCACUUGUGGUUCCUGAAGUAAUAAAGCACCAGGCAGGUCUGGUAUUACAGAAGUAUCAGUCAUCUCCACUGACCACCGUCCCCUUGCUGUGUGAGGAUGAUGUCCACGGACUCUGCAAGAACCUGAUUCCGAGUCAGUCUGCGUUUCAGCUGGUUCUGUUGCAGCUGCUCAGAGACAAGAAGGUCUGUCUACUGCAGAAAGAUGGUGAGAAACUUGUCAAGUUUGUCAAGGAUGGAAGUAGUCAUGUGACACCUAUAGGAGACACCGACCUGGGCAUCUAUGAGUUACAGAAAAGUGAAAAGCUACUAUCUGAGAGACUGCAGAGCGCAUGUGACGAAUCCACUAGACUGACAGAAGAGGCAAAAAGCUUUAACAAGGCCGGGAAUAAGAAUCAGGCCCUACGAUGUCUGCGUCGCAGGAAAAUAACAGAAAAACGGAUUACGGCGCUGCAGGGCAAGUUGGACACAGUACAGAGCAUCUUGGAAAGAAUAUCAAUGGCUGAGACUGACCGCAAGGUGGUAUCCGCUUACCAGAUAGGGGUCUCGGCUCUGCGUUCAGCACUGAAGGACGUCAGUCUGGAGAAGACAGAAAGUUUAGUAGAGCAGAUACAAGAGUUCUGCGACUUACAGGAUGACGUCAACCAGACCCUGUCAGGAGUAGGAGUCACUGAUCUUGAUGUGGACACAGAUGAAUUGGAGAGAGAGUUGAAUGAGAUUCUUCAGCAGGAAGAAGUUAGCCUCCCGGAGGUUCCCACUGGUCCAUUAAGGGUUACAUCUCCAGAGCACCUUCCUAUUGGUCAACAUGGUCAUAACGGAGCUCUGGACAUGAGUGGGAUGCUGUCCGCCCUCCCAGAUGUCCCUAUUGGUCCCCUCAUUGGAUCCCCAGUACGUCCUGCAGUGGGGCAGAGUAACAGAGAGGCUUCUCCACAAACCCAUCGUGCACUUUUCCAGUGAUAUCAGGGGUGUCGGUUCUACAAAAUGGAGGCUUUGUCAUCAGAGGGGACACCUACUUGAAUGAUCGUUCGCUGCAGAACAAAGUAUUUCUAUUUAAAGCGUUACUCUGGGAAAAAUGCCUUUCUUGGUAAAAUACAUCUCCUCAUCCUGGAACAUAUCGGAGCUGUUAGUUCUUUUCCCACCAUGUGUUUCAUGCAAGAGGUCCUUUAAAGAGGCUGUACAGGAUUUAACAAAAACAUAGCUAAUUUCUUCCAAAAAACAGUGCCACACCUGUCCUUAGGUUUUGUGUGGUAUUACAACUCUGCUUCAUUCACUUCACUGAACCUGAGCUGGACCUGGCACAUAAAUUAAGGAUUAGAGUUGCGCUGUUUAUGGAGGAAAGCAGCUGUGUUUUUUUUUAUAAUCCUAGAUAUUCCCUCUUACACUACAGAAAAUACCAACUACUGCUGCAUGUUACUGGGUUGUACAGAAGAAGUUAUCAAGAUGGCCGCCACUUCUGUGACAUAACUUCCUGCUUUGCAGUAAUUGGCUGAAUCGUUUUCUCAUUGACUUCCGGUUUAGUCUGCCCCCAUGCCUCCUGUACGUAAUAAUAAUGGUAAUGUUGAAUGUUUUCUGCAAAGAAGAAAUAUCUUGCCAACUGUACCUCUUGCAACCAUUUGGCUAUUUCCUGUGGAAUUAAGGGGUCCAGGAGUUGCUUUCUUCCAUAAACAGCGCCACUCUGACCUCAGUUUUUCUUUGGUUCUACUGCUCGGUUCCAUUAAAGGAGAACUUCAAACCAUAAAAAUUGUCCCCCAUAUUGCCGGCAGUAAAAAAAUAUAGAUGUACAUACCUUCCUCCACUCCCCCGGGGCCUCCGGUAACCGGCUCCGGUCUCCGCUGCAAUCCACUUCCUGGUUGCCGGUGGUUGGAUGAAUCAGCCAAUCACCAGCCGCAGCGCAGUCCGACUCGGCCGGCGCUAGGCUGAGCAGCAGUGUGACGUUUUCGGCCCGGCCGCAGGUGCCGGUGUAGUGAAGAAUUUUGUGUCCGGAAGCGUUUUCACACUGCUGCUCAGCCUAUCGCCGGCCGUGUCGGACUGCGCUGCAGCUGGUGAUUGGCUGAUUCAUCCGACCACCGGCAACCAGGAAGUGGAUGCGGCGGAGACCGGAGCCGCUUGCCAGCACUAUGGGGGACCAUUUUUAUGGUCUGGAGUUCUCCUUUAAAGGGAACCAAUCAUCUCGCUGAUAUGAGGCUAUGAAGUUAGUAAGUCUUCCCCCGUGGGCCUCAUAAGUAGUCCCCUGAGUGGGAGCUAUACUUACCUAGUCCUGUCAGCUGCGCUGGAAUCACGCCCCCUCAGUGUGAUUGACAGCCCGGGCUCGGCCAGCGUCGUCACUAUACUCCUGUCUGCUUAGGGAGCAGAGUGGUGACGGACUGUCAAUCACUCAGAGGGGGUGUGAAUACAGCGCAGAUGACAGGACCAGGUCAGUAUAGCUUCCCACCUAGGGGGCUACUUACGGGGCUGGUCCGGGACACUUUCUAACUUCAGAUCCUCACCAUCCCUGUGGGCAGGAACGUCUCCCAGGGAUGGCGAGGAAAAUGACUUUACCAAAUAUAACAUGUUGCCACUUGUUAUUUAUUGUAAAAUCUCAUGAAUGGGGCAGAGAUGUAAUACUACACACAACCCGAGGACAGGUGUGGUGCUGGUUUUUGUCAGAAAGUAACUCUGAGCUGCUCUGAUUUUAAGAUUGGAACUCCUUUACCGUUUCUGGUACAUAACUCCAAAUAAAUAUUGUGAAGUUGAAAGGAAUCUGAAGUUUUAUACCCUGAAAACUGCUAACAGCCCUAUACAGAGGUCAAGGAUAGGAGGGUAAUGAUAUUGUGUGUUGCAGUCAUAAAAGUUGUUUGAUGUCCUGGCUGCUGCUAUGGCAAGUGCCAAGGAGGUGGGGUCUGUAUUGAUAGCUUAAAGGGGUACUCUACUGGAAAACAGGUAUUUUUUUUUAUUUAUUUUUUUAUCAACUGGUGCCAGAAAAAUUAAAAUGACUUCUAUUAAAAAAAAGCUUAAUCCUUCCAGUACUUAUCAGCUGUUAUGAUCGACAGGAAGUUCUUUUCUUUUUGAAUUUCCUUUCUGCCUGAUCACAGUGCUCUCUGCUGACACCUCUGUCCAUUUUAGGAACUGUCCAGAGCCGGAUAGGUUUUCUAUGGGGAUUUACUCCUAUUCUGGACAGUUCUUAAAAAGAACAGAG